AUGUCACAUCGAAGAGAUUGUGAGGGAGGAAAGAAUAAACAGUUAAGGCAAAAAAAUGAAGAAAAGUUUGUAGUAAAAAUGGAAGUUAACCAAAAUACACUACAAAAGAGCGCACAAUGUUUUAUCGAUUUGAAAAUGAAAAUAUUGGAUGAGUUCACCCAGUCAACGAAAAGAUUGGACACACUGAAAGAAAAGGUGAUGAGGCGGCUUGAUGAAAAUAAGGAAAAACACAAUAAGUCCCAAAUUGCCCAAAUGAAUUGGAAGAGGGAUAUAAAAAAUAUCAUCAACAAUUUCGCGCAAUCGAUGAAGACUAUUGAAAACACUGACGCAUACUUAAAAGCAAAAAGUUUGUCUGUACAUAAUCUAAGACUUAUGAAAAGAAAAGUCAAAAAUGACCUUUCAAAAAAAGAAAUAAUCGAGACAAACGACUUGGAGCGACUCACCAAAGAACUUGAUCUCGUUGAAAAGAGAAUUGCUGGUCGAAAAAUUCAGCUUGACUCCGUUCAAAGUCAGUUACAAGAGCGGAAUGAUGAAAUCGCAAAAUUAAAUGUACGAAUUGAAAGUCUCAAAAAGCCAAAAGACGUUGCAAUGCCAGCGCCUAAAAAACGGGCAAUUAGGAAAAAAACAAAAAAAGACUAA